UGCUGUGACAUCAGUAUGUUCUUUAGAAGGACGGGAACUAGCCUCUACGUGUGUUUUGUUCCGGUUACAGUAGUAACAUUUAGCUCAGGGGAACCGGUGUGAAGACAGUUUUUUUGUUUUUCCUUGGUUCAUUCAGUGGCACAGGAGAUGGUUUGGUGCGAAGAGUGACUGCAGGCAAGUGAGACAGAUCCUGUAUGAAGGAAGAAAGAUGGAAAGCGCUUCUGUUUUGCUGGAGUCAAAGUCUUUGCCAAUCAAACUUUUGAAUGAAAUGUAUCAUUUACGACAGCUUGGAUAUCUUUGCGAUGUGACUGUUAGAGUGGAGCACCAAGGUACUAGAGAGGAAUUUAUAGCUCACAAAUCCAUAUUGGCAGCUUCGAGUAAAUAUUUUAAGGAGGUAUUCCUUAAUGCAAACAUAGUUGAUGGCUCUAAUGCAUAUAUAUUAUUAAAUGAAAUACAAGCUAAGGACUUUGCUUCUUUUCUUGAGUUUGUAUAUACUUCAAAGGUGGUAGUAGAGGAAGACCAGAUACAGCGAAUGAUUGAUAUAGCUGAAAGGCUUAAAUGUUUGGAACUUGAAGAAACUUGCUUCCAGCUUAAAAAACAGAUGCUUGAGUCAGUGUGGUUAGACUUGCAGAUAAUUUCAGAAAGCCGAGAACCCGAAGAAGACCUAAAUCCACCACCAAGCAACCAUACUCCGUCAUCUGUAGAGGAUGAUAUACAAAUCGAUAAUAUUACAACCGUUCACCCUGAUGAUACUGUGGAAAAAAGUACAAAUGAAUUGUGUCCCAAUACAUCACCUGCAAUGACAGAAGAAAACAUGGAAAUUAAAAAAGAGUCUCAAAAACUUUCACAUACCAAAAAUAGAAGAUCUAGUGGGCGUCUAGCUGGAAAAAAGCCAGUGGUUGAAAUUCCCAAAAAAAAGUAUACUAGAAAAUUACGGGAGCAGCAAAAUAGUACAGAAGUUGACAAUACUUUCAGUGUAAAUGAAAUAGAGCAAAGUAGGCAUAAUAUAGAAAUAACAGAUGGACAAGGUGAUGAUAGUAUGAAGGCUGAAGAAGAAGAAUGUGAUAGCCAUUAUGAAAUGGACAGUAGUAAAAAGUCAGAUGUAGACAGCAAGCAGUGUGAAGAGGAUGUUACAUACACAAAUGGUGACGAAAGCUUUCAGGACUUGAAACUUGAUCAUAUGGCUUCUGAAGAAGCUGCUCAUCGUUGUGAAAUCUGUAAUCAGACAUUUGCUAAUAGCUGUAAUUUGAAAAGUCACGAGCGUCACGUUCAUAGUAAUGAAAGACGAUUCCCAUGUGAAAUCUGUGACAAAAAGUUUAAAAGGAAAAAGGACAUAAAGAGGCAUAUUCUACAAGUCCAUGGGGGUGGUGCUGAGAGACAUUUCUGCCAAGAGUGCGGCAAAGGUUUAAGUUCAAAAACAUCUCUUAAACUUCAUGAGAGGACUCAUACAGGUGACAAACCUUUUAAGUGCACCCAGUGUGAUGCCAGAUUUUCUCAGACAUCUGCACUUAAAACACAUAUGAGAAUUCACACUGGGGAGAAACCGUUUGUCUGUGAUGAAUGUGGAGCAAAAUUUUCUCAAAACCACAUGCUUAUCUAUCAUAAAAGACACCACACAGGAGAAAGACCUUUCAUGUGUGAAACCUGUGGAAAGAGUUUUGCCUCUAAAGAAUAUUUAAAACAUCACAAUCGAGUCCAUACUGGCUCUAAACCAUAUAAAUGUGAUAUCUGCUUGAGAACAUUUGCUCAGAGGAACUCCCUUUACCAACACAUUAAAGUCCACACAGGGGAUCGGCCUUACAGUUGCAAUGAAUGUGGAAAACAAUUCACUCAACUCAAUGCACUACAAAGACACCAACGUAUACACACUGGAGAAAAACCCUACAUGUGUAUUGCAUGUCAGCGAACAUUUACUGAUAAAUCUACGCUCCGAAGACAUACAUCUAUCCAUGACAAAAAUACUCCAUGGAAGUCGUUCCUUGUGGUUUUGGAUGCUGCAGAUAAAGGAGAUGAUGAUGAUGAUGAGCAAAAACCAGAGCUGAAAGCGGAAGAUUGUGACAGCUCGCUUAAAUCAUUAUCAAAGUUGACUUACACAGAAAAUGACCACUAUCAGAAUGUGACUAUCAUGCCAGGAACUGUGGAUAUACUACAUGAAAACAGUUCUACCUCUAUUCUUAGUUGCAAGUCCGACUGUGCGCUUAUUCCUCAGGAAGUGUACAUAGCCACAUCAUUAAACCAGCUCACAGUACUCCAUACACAAACUGAAUCUAUUCAUGCUAUGGUUCAUAUGGAGUAGAUUGAACUCUGGACUUUAAGCCCUAGCAAAAAGUCUCUGUCUGUAUUGGCUGUGUUUACAAUGCCCUGGAAUUUAUCAAAUAAAAAGAAAUAUAGACAUUGUUUUA